AUGCGUAUCAUCACUACGUUCGUCGGCGCCGCUGUGCUUGCGCUUGCUGGCACCGCUUCGGCGCAGCUUGAUCCUUUGCUCGUUACCGGUCUCUCGGCCGGUUGUGCGUCGGGUCUGGUUGGACUUGUUACAAAUUCCAGCGUGUCGUCUUGUCUUGCGCUGCCUAGCGCGGUUGGUGCACUCACCUCGGCCGGAAACACAUCGGUGAUUCCUGGACUGCAAUCGUACCUCUCCAACUCGAUCUGCGGCUCCGGAAAAACCGCCUGCUCCACCGCUCAACUCGGCGCGGCCAACAGCACACUCCUUCAGACGUGUGGUGCGGAUCUUGCUAGUAACAACGGUGCCAACAUUCCGGCUCUGGUCUACUACUUUAUCAACGCGUACGAUAAGCUUCGCAAUGCUGGUUGUCUGCAGAACUCCGCAGGCGAGUCGUGCUUGACAAACGAACUGUACACUCUUCAAAAUAUCACGCAGACGCCCGUUACAUUUACAUCGAUCCAGUCCAUCUUGUCGAAUCAAACGACUCAGCAGAUGAGUCUGCAAGCUGUUGCAGCUAACAAAACCGCCUUCUGCACCGACUGCACACACGGCGUUUACUCGAUCCUCUUCCCCACCAACUCUAACCAACGCCUCGCUGCCGCCGUCAACCAAACUUGUGGCGCUUCCUUCCUGGACGCCAAAAUUCCGUCCUCUCUCAAAUCCACUGCUCAGGGCAACUCCACUUCCGUCUCCGCAUCUACCUCCCCCAACUCCGCCUCCCCCUUCAACCCUAGCUCGGCCCUUGCCGCUUCCACCCUCGCUGCUAUCGCCGCACUCACCCUCCUGUAA